AUGAAUGAUUUCAGCAUGUCUUAAAACAAAAAAAACCCCAAUCCUAAAAAAAGCAUCAUAAAGGAAUCUUAAUAAUAGCAAUAACAAUAACAAUAACAAUUAUCAUAAUAGAAUCAGAAGACAAGUGAAUCCUGUAGAAAUAAAAGCGAAAGAAAGCUAUAUAGUAUAGUAGAGCAUCAGGAAUCAUCAUCUUUUUUAGACCAAGAUCAUUAUUAUUAAAGAUCUGAAAGUGAACCACAAUAAUAUAAAAGCAAUUAUUCAAUAGAUGAUUACAGAGAUGAAUUCACUCCAAAAAAGAAAGUAUUAACAUAUUAAAAUUAAAAUUACACAUUAAACUCUAUUUAACUUGAAAAUUUAUCUUUAAAUACUCAUUCUGUAGAUAAUGAGAUGUAAGGUGAAGCCCAAUUUUAAUCUUCUUACUAUGAAGAUGAUUACCAUAUUUAUUAAUCUGAAAUUUAAAAGUUGAAUUAAUGA